UGGGAAUGGAUGAUGAAGGUGAUGAUGACCCAGUCCCUCUUCCAAAUGUUAAUGCAGCCAUCUUAAAGAAGGUGAUUCAGUGGUGCACCCAUCACAAGGACGAUCCCCCUCCUCCUGAGGAUGAUGAGAACAAAGAGAAAAGAACAGAUGACAUCCCUGUGUGGGAUCAGGAGUUUCUGAAAGUAGACCAAGGAACACUUUUUGAACUUAUCCUGGCUGCAAAUUACUUGGACAUCAAAGGUUUGCUGGAUGUCACAUGCAAGACAGUUGCAAACAUGAUCAAGGGGAAAACUCCAGAAGAAAUUCGCAAGACAUUCAAUAUUAAGAAUGACUUCACUGAGGAGGAGGAAGCACAGGUACGUAAAGAGAACCAGUGGUGUGAAGAGAAGUGAAGACUUGUGCCUGACACCCAACACUGUAAGGAUUGUUCCAAAUACUAGUUGCACUGCUCUGUUCAUAAUUGUUAAUAUUAGACAAAUGCAGCAGCAAAUGAAGUUGUGUUAGCAGGAUAUUGUUCCCUUUGCAUGUGUAGUGGGGGUUUUUUUUUGAGUACAGACUCAAAUCUUCUGCGUUUUUAUUAGUGUAAUUGGAUGUCUUUUUACUUUGCAUUGAAUAAAACUGAACUAAGUGUG